GUUCAUUUAAUGAUAAAAAGUCAUAUACAAUUGCUUGCUUGAGAAAAAGUAAUUUGAAUCAUUUUCUUUUUCUUAUUUUCGUUAUUUUCGUUAUUUUCCUUUUCUAUUUUUAUAUAGUUGGUAAUCCACCUCUGGAAAAACAGAAGAUAGUUGCAAUUUUUUGAGACCUAUUCUUGUGGGUAUUUUCUGCAGGCCUCAAUAGUUAAGCAGUUAAAAAAUGCAAAUGUGGUUUGUCCUUUGUCAUUUAUUUGGUGUUCUUUGCUUGCAGAGUUCCAGAACUCUUGUGCUUGAUUAGAUUCUUUGGUGGUUUUGCUAUUGAGUUAAAAUUCCCUAAAGGUUAUUUCUUCAAUAGUGAAGAUAAUAGAAAAGCCACUGGAACAUGUUUGCACUAAUGGCCGACCACAUAUUCAUGGUUAGUCUUCCUAAUUAUGUAGAUGGAGAAUACAGCUUUUGGGAACAAUAUUAAGCUACAUUUAUUCUGGAAAUCUGUCUACUAUAAUAAUUUUUCUUUCUACCCCUUGGAAUGGAAUGAAAUUUGAUACUUCUUCCUUCUAGUUUUGUGUCCAUACCAUUUAUAUUUUGGCAUUUUAAUGGCUUUUCAUGUUAAUAAAUAAAAGGGGAGCUGGUGUUGACUGAACAACUUGAGAAAAAUGUCUCUAUGGACAGUGUUCUGUGGUCCUUUCUCGGGGAUGUGGGGAGGUCUUACUUUGUAUUCUACUUUUAUCUCCUACCAAGAAUGGGAAGAGAAGGAAACAGAACUCUUAGAUGAUGGCAAAUGGAAAUUAAUGCAGAUAAAGAAGACUACAAGCCUAAGAGGCAUGAAGGAAAAUCAAAAUAAUUUAAAGAAACACAAAAGCUGAACUGUUUUAAGCUCAAGCAGGGGUUUUGCAGGAAAGGAGUGAGAAAAUUGAGGAAGAAUGGAAGUUCAGAUAGAGCCACUUAAAUCUUUUUUAAGCUCAAGCAGGGCUUUUUAUAUAUAUAAGAAGGGCUCAGGUUCCAAUCUGAGUUCACGAUGUUCCAACUGCAAAGAAGAGGCCUCCUUAUCAUAGUCAACGAUUGCUCUUUCCACUUCUUGUUUGACAUACUAUAGGUUUUGAGAGUGGAAUGGUGAACAGCUAUGUAUAUGGGUAGAUAAUCUUGGAAUAUGGUAUGUAAAUGCAUACUGGAUUGACGGAAAGGACCCCUCUAACGUGCAUCCAACAAAUGAAAACUUAUAUAUAUUAGGAUAUUAUGAGUAUAUUGGGUAUUGGCAAAGGCUGUGAUUAAUCAAUUUUGUAGCCAUAGCUUUGUCUUCAACAGCCUCACUUGAGCUGUUUGGAUUUCCAUUCCUAUCCCCUUUCUAUUUCCAUGUAUUGAUGUUGUCAGUGUUUUUGUAUCGAAUUUCACAUGUCUAGAUUUAAGGAAAGGGACCAAGAAAAUGUAAUCAGAGGAAAGGUUUUGUUCUGCUAGUACUUGGAGCUUAAUAUAAUGUAUUCUACUAU